AUGACUCAGGAAGAGACGGCGAAGGCUUUGCAAGACUUCGUGCACGAGGGGUACAACGACGGGGAUGUCGACUUUGACCCAGAGGACACGAUCGUUGAAGGGUUCCGCGAUGACGUCAGGCUGCUGCCGCACCAAAUCAAGAGCCGCGCAUUCAUGGCCGAACGCGAAACGGGGAAGAAGAACGGCGGCAUACUCGCGGACGACAUGGGACUUGGCAAGACCAUCUCGACACUUACGCGUAUCUUGGACGGGCGCCCUACGCAGAAGGAUAAGUCCGCAGGAUUCUCUGGGUCUACGUUGGUCGUAUGCCCUGUCGCGCUGGUGUCGCAAUGGGAGAGCGAGGUCAAGAAAUACACAUCUGGCCUUCGCGUGGUCCAGCACCACGGCGCCAGCCGGACGAGCGAUCCUUAUGAACUUGAGCGCGCUCACAUCGUGGUUACCUCGUACUCCGUGGUUACAUCGGAGUAUGGAGUGUAUGGUGGGGGUAAAGACGAGUCUAAGGCGGACGGGAAGAAGAAGAAGAAGGGCAAAGAGUCCGACUCGGACGACUCGGACUCGGACUCGAUCCAGAAGCGUCUCAAGGCCGCACCGCGGAGGGGCAAGGUCAAGGACGCGUUGUUCAGGGUCAAGUGGUGGAGGAUCGUAUUGGACGAGGCGCACAACAUCAAGAACCGCAACACGAAGGCAGCCAUCGCAUGCUGCGCUUUGGACGCGAAGUAUCGUUGGUGCCUUACGGGCACACCGAUGCAAAACAACGUCGAGGAGAUCUAUUCCCUCAUCAAGUUCCUGCGCAUCGUUCCGCUUAACGACUGGCCCACCUUCAACUCUUCUAUCGCCAAGCCUGUCAAAGCUGGCAAGCCUGUCCGCGCGCUCAAGCGCCUUCAGGUGGUCCUGCAGAAGAUUAUGUUGCGUCGCACGAAGACUACCGUGAUCAAUGGAAAGCCGAUCUUGCAACUCCCCGAUCGCCUGGUCAACAUAGUGGAUUGUGUAUUCGACGAUGAUGAACGCGCGUUCUAUCUAUCUGUUGAGGAGAAGGUCCAGAACCGACUCGAGGCACUGCAGCAAGGCGACAUCAACAAGGCGUACACGUCCGUGCUCGUUUUGCUUCUGCGCAUGCGGCAAGCUUGCAACCAUCCCGGCCUGAUCUCGGAGGACUACAAGAAGGACGAGCAAGCCGUUGAACCGAAGAGCGCAAGUCAGAAUGAGAAUGACGACGGCGACGACGACGAACUGGCCAACAUGCUCGCUGGGCUCGCGAUCAAGCGCAAGCCGUGCCAGGUUUGCCAGAGCCCGCUCAGCGCAAGCAACACGUGGAAGGACGACGUCUGCGUGGACUGCGAGGAGGUGUACAAGGCUGCGAAGAAGAAGCUCGGGGACCCGACGGCGAACCUGCCGCCGCACUCGUCCAAGACGCGCAAGAUCAUGGACAUCCUGCGCGACGCCGAGGACAGGGGCGAGGGCGAGAAGACGAUCAUCUUCUCGCAGUUCACCAGCAUGCUGGACUUGAUCGAGCCGUUCCUGCGCCACGAGCGCGUCAAGUUUGUUCGCUACGACGGCUCGAUGAACAAGGUUCAGCGCGACGAGGCGCUGAGCAAGAUCAGCGAGAACGCUGCGACGAAAGUCAUCCUGAUCUCGUUCAAGGCUGGUAGCACCGGCUUGAACUUGACGUGCUGCAACAAUGUCAUCCUCGUCGACCCAUGGUGGAACCCUGCCCUUGAGGAUCAGGCGUUCGACCGUGCGCAUCGUUUCGGACAGAAGCGCACUGUGAACAUCUACAAGCUCUGUGUGCCUGAUACCGUUGAGCAGCGUAUCCUCGAGCUGCAGGAGAAGAAGCGGGCGCUCGCGGCCGCAGCGCUGUCCGGCGACAAGUACAAGAACAUGCGUCUCGGCAUCGACGACCUCGUCGCCCUUUUCCGCGCCGAUGGGCACGACGAUGACGAGGACUAA